UUACAGAUUUGCAGGAAGACUUCUAUAAUCAUGUUUAGAUUGAACCUGCCCGUCUUGGCCAUUGUGCUCGUCCUUGCCGGAGCUUCCCAGGCAGCCAGUUUGGAGUGGCCCUCGAAUCUGGUGGCCCUCAGCUCGGCAAAGUCCUCGCAGCUGCUUCCAAUUGCCAGCGAGGAUUCCGUUGAGUUGGCCGAGGGCAGUUCGGGAUCCGUGGUAUCAUCUGGUAGCCAGCCCGAGGAGCAAUCCGAGGAGAGGGAGGAGGAACAACUCUCGCAAUCAUCUAGUGGCAGUUCGGAUCCCAUCGAUGCCCGUCUGGUUUCAUCGGGUAUCCCCAUCUCCGUGCCUCUUCCUUUGAUCCUGGCUGCUCGUAAUGGACUGCGCACCGUAUUGACCAUCCAGGAGCCAACUGUGGCCAAGGUGGGUGAGGUGGUGCAGCAUGUGCCCACUGCCAUUUCGCAUCAGAGCCAGACGGUGGUGCACGAUCACCGCCGGUUGGUCACACCCAUUGUGGCUCCGGCUGUUCGCACCACCCAAGUGGUUCGCCAGCAGCCACCACUCCUGUGGACCGUCGCCUCCGAUCCCCGAGUGGUCCUGAUCCGCAACUAAGGAUCUAAGUCAAGGAUCAACAAGAUGAACUCGCCAAAUCUAUAAUACGUCUACUAUUAAUUCCCUUUCUGGACCUGUUAACCCAAAAAACUCUGUUUCUUCUCUGUCUUCUUUCUUCUGCCAUUUUCUGUAGAAUUCUUCUGUAGUGUGCUUUUAAUAAAGAUUUCGCAUUUGCAUUUAAA